AUGUGGAUUCUCUCGUUCUGGGUGUUUCCGGUCAUCUCGGCCUGCAUGUGGGUUGCCAUGUUAAUUGCCAUGCUCGUGACAUGGGUCAGAGAUGGCGAACCCAUCUACCCGUGUAUGCUCAAUGCCGAUGGCUCCUCGGAUGGCCAAACUGUUGCAUACAUCUCUGAUGUGGGGGCCUAUGGGGCACAGCCUCUGUUCAUUACUGGUAGUGUGAUUACCGUCGUCUUUCUGGAUCUGGCCUUAUUAGCUGAGCGUUGGCUGCGACACGCGGGUCAACUGGUUCCAAACAAGGGAUGGUUUGACAAGAUCUGCUCAAUUCUCUCUAUCUUCUUUUCCGUCGCCGGCGCCCUUGGUCUCAUUCUGUUGUCUAUUUUCGAUACGGCCGAGUAUCCGCACUUGCACGAUGGGUUCCUGGUCAUGUUCAUUGGGGGAUACCUAAUCAGCGCAAUCCUGAUCUGUGCCGAGUAUUUACAUAUGGGACUCUUCUACCGGCCUCAGCACCGCAUUCUUUUGGUCAGCUUUGCAAUCAAGCUUAGCUUUGUGAUAAUUGAGAUUGCCCUUGCCAUUGCAUUUGGUAUUUGCAUGGAGAGUGACGAUCCUGCGAAGAAGAACCCUGGUGCCAUCAUUGAAUGGGUUAUUGCCUUCGUCUUCACCGGCUACGUUCUUUCUUUCGUGAUUGACCUAUUGCCAUCGGUUCGCACGCGGAGACACCUGCCUCAGGGUGAGAAGCGGUCUGCCAUGUCUCAGUCUCAGACUGAUGAUGAUGUGCCGCAAGCCUCUUUGGAAGAGCCUCUGACCACUGACUCGGCCAACUACUACCGUGGCCAGCGUGUCUAA